AUGUCCUUUCCUGACAAGAUUGUUGCCGACUUCAACGUGGAUUACGACCAGAAGAGCCUCUGGAUCGUCCUGGGCUCCAUCGCCUUCAACCCCAUCUUUUGGAACAUUGUUGCUCGAGCCGAGUACAACACCCACUUUCUGACUAAGCUGGCUGGAGGAGCCAAGACCGGAUGCUAUCUGCUGGCCAUCACCAUUUUCUCGCUCGGUAUCUUCCGAGACUACCUUUACCACCAGGCUCUUGAGCAGCAGCCCACCUCCAUUCUGCUGUCGGUCACUUACGUUGACAUUGUCAAGCCUCUGGCCAUUGUGCUGUUUGCUGUUGGCAACGUGCUGGUCCUUACCUCCAUGUACGCCCUGGGCGUCACCGGAACCUACCUCGGCGACUACUUUGGCAUUCUCAUGAACGAGCGAGUCACCGGCUUCCCCUUCAAUGUGUCCAACAACCCCAUGUACCACGGCUCCACUCUGUGUUUCCUGGCUUCCGCUCUGUGGUACGCCAAGCCCGCAGGCCUGCUCAUCACCGCCUUUGUGUCGCUCAUGUACUCCAUUGCUCUCAAGUUCGAGGAACCCUUCACCGGUGAGAUCUACGCUAAGCGAGACCGGGAGCUCGCUGCCAAGCAGAAGUAA